UGUGUUGUGUAAGUGUGAAGACGUGUGUGCUGUGCUGCCUGGCGUGUACUGGUGUGUGUUGUUCUAUGUGUGUGUGUGUGUGACUCUGGAAACACUGGCCAUGCGCUGGAGUACAGAAGACGUGGGUAGUGUUGUGUUGUGUUAGCUAAGGCGGGAACACAGUAGGAGUCAAGGGACAGCCUGUGGGAGUGUUCACUUCCGUGCAUCGACCAGGAGGAGUUAAAAUCCCCGAACUUCCUGGAUGUUCACAGUAUUCCUUCAGUUCAUGCUGCGGAAAAAUGCAACUUGAAGCCCACCACCUGAAGGCCGCUGAAUGCCCUGACCAGAGCAGCAGUUGUGUGAAGUACUGCCGCCCCGCCGCCGCUGUCUGGGAGUGUGCUGCCUUUUGGAUCAAAAAGUCAAGGAGGAUUACUUAUUUGGGCCUCAAGCCACGGAGCGUUAAGUGCUUAGCUCACCUGAGAACAAACGGUGACCUCUCCCACCUUCCUCCCACGCUCAGAGGAGAUAAUUGGUGGGCUGUGUGUGGUGAGUGCCACAUUGUCUAUGAGGGACCCCCAGAGCCACACAGCACCAGCUGCAACAGCUACAGCAGCAGCAGCAGCAGCAGGAGAAGGAGGAAAUGGCAUCCACCUUCUACCUCACCCAAUGUCACCGGGGCCUCCUCCUCCUCCAGCAGCUGGCCAGGGUGCAGGGACAGAAUGAGCAAUCAGGUGGUGACAGAGAGGGUGGCCAGCUUGUCCCUCCCUCCUGCCACCCAGCCACAGCACUGGCAGUUGCUGCAGUGAGACUGCCCAGGUACAAGUUUGUGCACGUGUCCAGGACGUGAAGGUGAUGGGAACGUGUCCUGUAGGAGGGAGCAGAGCUGUAACAGUACCCGAGUCUGCUGCUGUGCUGGGAGAAGGAGAAAAACAUCAGCAGUAGUUAGUAGUGGUAGUAGAAGUAUUCAGCAGUGCUGCUGCUGCUGCUGCUGUCAGUGGUGCAGCUGUUCACUCCUCCACAGCUGCUGCCUUCCCUCACCUACAAUGAACAACUAUGAACAAUACCUCUCGUGCAAUCAGGCAGCGCUCAGCUGUACUCACCAAUAGACUGACCACUAAGAAUUACCUGUGGGCCACAUGACAAGGCCCACGCCAGCCAGGCUUGGUUGCCAAUCAAUAACAACAACAACAACAACAUCUCGUGCAAUGAAGAACACUGAAUAACAACAACACCUCUCCCCUGCAUCAUCAACAAUCAACAACAUCUGCUUUGUUUCACUGAUGCUGGCCUGUCUCUCUCUCUCUCUCUCUCUCUCUCUCUCUCUCUCUCUCUCUCACCUCACCUCACCUCACCUCACCUCAGGCCACAGCACCACAGUAUGUCCCCCCACAGUAUGUUUACAAACCCACAGUGACUCCCCACAGCCCCUCACCGAUAAGUGAUCCCCUCACACACACACACACACACACACACACAGCAUAACAUAUACAAACGCUGCAUCUUGUACAAUGGCCACAAUAAAGAAUGGACACACAAAA